GAGUGCGAUAUGUUACAGUUACCAUUACCAGGAGGAGAAACUACAGAACGUCAAUUAACAUUAACUAUUUGGGCAACAAUGGGAAAAAAGCUGGAAUUUAAACCAUUACCUGGAUUUGAUCCUGACCUUGAUAAUUUGCAAUAUUAUCGUGCUCAGCAAGAAAUUGAUUGUGAUGAAGUAUAUCCUGGAAUAUAUAUUGGCGAUGGAGCUACAGCAAAAAACAAGAAAUAUCUUAAAAUGUUAGGUAUAACACAUUUAUUGAAUGCUGCUGAAGGAAAAAGAUAUGGAUUUGUAAAUACAGAUAACAAUUACUACGCUGAUACAAUGAUAAAAUAUCUUGGCUUGCAAGUUACAGAUUUACCUUCCGCAGAUAUCAGUAAAUAUUUUUAUAUAAUAGCCAAUUUUAUUGAUGAAGCAGUAUCUACAGAAGGUAAAGUUUUUGUGCAUUGCAUGCAGGGUAUAUCUCGCAGUGCUACGUGUGUUCUCGCAUAUUUAAUGAUAAAGAAGAAUAUGUUAGCAACUGACGCUAUACAUUUAGUUCGCACAAAUCGAGAUGUUCAUCCAAAUAAUGGUUUUCUUCAACAAUUAGCAGAGUUGGAUAAUAGAUUGCGUAGACAACGUUUACAAUUACAUUGAAUAUAUGCGAAAUAUUUAGUUACAAAUGAUAAUAAUAUUAUUAUUAAAUGAUAUUGUUUUUUGAGAUAUUUGAAUAAAAAUAAAUAUACAAUAUA